AUGCGUUAUACUGUCCUCGCCUUGGCUGUCGGCGCCACUGCCGCUCCCCUCGCCAGCUACUCUUCCGGAGUCUGCCCUAUUGGACUAUACAGCAACCCUCAAUGCUGUGCCACUGACGUCCUUGGUGUUGCCGCCUUGAACUGCCAGAACCCGGCCACCACUCCCACCAGCGCGGAUCAAUUUAUCAGCGGAUGCGCUGGUACGGGUCAGCAAGCCAAAUGCUGCGUCAUCCCAGUUGCAAACCAGGCUGUCCUUUGUCAGGAUGUCAGCCCUAAUGCAAAGAGCAACGGCAGUGCUAACGGAGGCAACAACGGUGACAACAACGAUGAUGGAAAUGGCGAUGAUGCUGAUGGUGACGAUGACGGUGAUGCUCACGGAGCUGGUGACCAAUCCGCUAAGACCCCUACUUCCUCCUAUCCUGCUUCCCAGGAGACCCCUUGCCCUUCUGAUGUCCCUUACUAG